AUGGGAACGGCGAGUGGUGAGAGCAAGUGUGGUGCCGGUGUAAGCUUCGAUUUGGUGAGUGCUGAGAACAAAGUCAGCGUGGACGUGAGUCAGAACAGAGCGGGUGCUGCAGAGAUCUACGGCGAGAUCGUGACCCAGAAUACGGCGAGCGUCAAGUGUGGCCGAAGACUUAAUUGGCACGGCGGGCAAGUGCACGGAGGACGCGGUCACAGCGCCAUUUGA